GGCACUUGGUCUCUUGGUCUUGGGACAUCGCCGGUGCCAGACUGAAUAUCAAAAUGGUAUAUUUAAGGAGACUACAAAAAAUACAACGAGAUUUGUACGAAACAUCAAUAAUGUGACUUUAGCAUAUCAGGAAGAAUCCAUUGAAAUGGAGCCAUUAGAGGUCUCAUACAAUUAUAAGUGUCCAGAUGGAAUCUGCAAACAAAGUAUCUCAGUGUAUAAUGUUACACUAAACGGCUUGGACACUCUGUAUUCAGCACAGACUGGUGGUCCAUUCAAGUUUCAGACACCGAUGAUAGCAGAGGCCAUUAGAUUUAAUUCAAUAAUGGUCAACGGACACUUGUCAUUUGAUGGUCAUAAUUUGAAAGCGGAACACGAAUUUUUCGCUGAAAUUAAAGAUGUCACAGUUAAUUUUCAAAUUGAUCUGACAAAGUAUGAACCAACUUUUGAUUUUAUGAACUGGAGAACAUUGGAAUGCUCGGUGAUUGAGGUGGAAACUCAUUUACACGAUCGAAGUGCAGCGAACGCAUUCGUUAAUGGCUACUUAAUAAACAAAGUACCUAACGUUCUAGAAGGGCAUCUGCUAGAUAUGUACGUUAAGUUCAGAAAUUCGACCGACCAAAAGUUAUCCAAUGUUAAUGUGUAUUGUCACUAACAAUGGACCAUUUUAUACCUAUUUUUAUCGUUAGCUGAAA